GAGGGUGUCGUUGCAGGGUCGCCCCCAUGUUGCGUUUUCCGACCUGUUUCCCGUCCUUCCGGGUGGUGGGAGAGAAGCAGCUGCCGCAGGAGAUCAUUUUUCUGGUCUGGUCACCCAAGCGGGAUCUCAUUGCUUUGGCCAACACCGCGGGCGAGGUUUUACUUCAUCGACUUGCAAGUUUUCAUCGAGUUUGGAGUUUUCCACCAAAUGAAAAUACAGGAAAAGAAGUGACCUGUCUGGCUUGGAGACCAGAUGGCAAACUUUUGGCCUUUGCUCUUGCUGACACCAAGAAAAUUGUUUUGUGUGAUGUAGAAAAACCUGAAAGCUUGCACUCCUUUUCUGUGGAGGCUCCAGUUUCUUGUAUGCAUUGGAUGGAAGUCACUGUAGAAAGCAGUGUUCUAACAUCCUUUUAUAAUGCUGAAGAUGAAUCAAAUCUUCUCUUACCUAAGCUACCUACAUUGCCCAAAAAUUAUAGCAACACCUCAAAAAUAUUUAGUGAAGAAAAUUCUGACGAAAUUAUUAAGCUUUUGGGAGAUGUCAGGCUUAAUAUUCUUGUCCUUGGAGGAAGCUCUGGUUUUAUUGAACUUUAUGCUUAUGGAAUGUUCAAAAUUGCUCGAGUCACAGGGAUUGUUGGUACUUGUCUUGCAUUGUGUUUAUCAAGUGAUUUGAAAUCAUUAUCAGUGGUCACAGAGGUUUCUGCCAGUGGUGCUUCAGAAGUUUCAUACUUUCAGCUCGAAACCAAUCUAUUGUACUCUUUUUUACCUGAAGUAACUCGGAUGGCCAGAAAGUUUACUCACAUUUCAGCUCUUUUACAGUAUAUAAACCUAUCACUGACAUGUAUGUGUGAAGCAUGGGAAGAAAUACUAAUGCAGAUGGAUUCUCGUCUCACCAAGUUUGUGCAGGAAAAGAACACUACUACAUCAGUGCAAGAUGAAUUCAUGCACUUGCUGUUGUGGGGGAAAGCUAGCGCUGAACUUCAGACCCUCUUAAUGAACCAGUUAACAGUAAAGGGCUUAAAAAAGCUUGGACAGUCUAUAGAGUCAUCAUAUUCCAGUAUACAAAAAUUGGUUAUAAGUCACUUACAGAGUGGCUCAGAGUCUUUAUUAUACCACUUGAGUGAACUGAAAGGAAUGGCUUCAUGGAAGCAGAAAUAUGAACCUCUUGGACUAGAUGCUGCAGGAAUUGAAGAUGCUAUUACUGCUGUGGGUUCUUUCAUACUCAAGGCAAAUGAACUUCUUCAAGUUAUAGAUAGUAGUAUGAAAAACUUCAAAGCAUUUUUUCGGUGGCUUUAUGUGGCAAUGUUGAGAAUGACAGAAGACCACGUACUUCCUGAGCUGAAUAAGAUGACUCAAAAAGAUAUCACAUUUGUUGCUGAAUUUCUUACUGAACAUUUCAAUGAGGCUCCAGACCUUUAUAAUCGAAAAGGAAAAUACUUCAAUGUUGAAAAAGUUGGUCAGUACUUGAAAGAUGAAGAUGAUGAUCUUGUGUCACCCCCCAACACAGAAGGAAAUCAGUGGUAUGACUUCCUUCAGAAUAGCAGCCACCUUAAAGAAAGUCCUUUGCUGUUUCCUUAUUAUCCUCGAAAAUCAUUGCAUUUUGUGAAAAGGAGGAUGGAGAACAUUAUUGAUCAAUGUUUGCAAAAGCCAGCAGAUGUAAUUGGAAAAUCGAUGAAUCAAGCAAUCUGUAUUCCAUUAUAUAGAGAUGCUAGAAGUCAAGACUCUACACGUAGAUUGUUCAAAUUUCCUUUUCUGUGGAAUAAUAAAACUUCAAAUCUGCACUAUCUUCUUUUUACUAUUUUGGAAGAUUCACUUUAUAAAAUGUGCAUCUUAAGGAGACAUACUGAUAUUUCCCAAUCUGUAAGUAAUGGACUAAUUGCUAUUAAGUUUGGGAGCUUCACAUAUGCCACGACUGAGAAAGUGAGAAGAAGCACCUACAGUUGCUUAGAUGCACAGUUUUAUGAUGAUGAAACUGUAACGGUAGUUCUUAAAGACACUGUAGGACGUGAAGGAAGAGAUAGACUAUUGGUCCAGCUGCCAUUGUCUUUAGUAUAUAACUGUGAAGAUUCUGCAGAUUAUCAGUUCACUGGGACUUACUCGACAAGGCUGGAUGAGCAGUGUGCUGCUAUUCCCACACGUACCAUGCAUUUCGAGAAGCAUUGGAGAUUACUGGAAAGUAUGAAAGCACAGUAUGUUGCUGGGAAUGGCUUUCGAAAAGUGUCCUGUGUGUUAAGCUCAAAUCUCCGUCAUGUGAGAGUAUUUGAAAUGGACAUAGAUGAUGAAUGGGAGCUGGACGAGUCUUCAGAUGAAGAGGAGGAGGGCAGUAAUAAGCCUGUAAAAAUAAAGGAAGAGGUGUUGUCCGAGUCAGAGGCGGAGAACCAACCAGCUGGUGCUGCUUUAGCUCCAGAGAUAGUCAUUAAGGUGGAAAAACUUGACCCUGAGUUAGACUCGUAAUCUAGCUUGCCAUUGUUUCAUAUGUUCUCAUUAUGUCAGAAAAGACAUAGGAGAUGGGCUAAGAUGUCUUGAACCACUUUUAAUUUUCUUUGUAUAACAAAGAAAUAAAUAGUAAAUUUUAUUUUUUCUUA